UCUUUGCUGGUCCCCUUCAGCAGUGGACGGCCGUCACCAGCACCGCCUCCGUCACCAGAGAAUUCUCUUACUGCGUCACGAUAACCAAGAGAAGGUCUCCCCCGUCACCAUGACAGCCCAGAAGCUGGUGUUAGCACUCUCACUUCUGUGUGUGUGGCUGGAGUGUGAGGCCAAGUCGUUUGAUGGUAAUGUCAGGAAGCUGGACCUUGGGCAACAUAUCAGUGCCCCACGGGGCGAGGAGCGUCAAGAGCUGUUCUCAGGGCUACUCAAUGUGACACUGCUGCCACCUGUUGUGCCUACUGACAACUUCUUUAUUGACGGACCACAGCCAAAGGACUUGGGCAACACCAAUACUCGACAAGUCUUGGCGUGUGGCGACACCAUAUCUCUUCAGCCUGGUAACGUGGUUGCGUUCGAGUCGAUGAAUUAUCCAAACCAAUAUCCCAACAGCCAUACGUGUGUUUGGAAAUUCAAGACUGGUGCUGCUGACGCCACUUUAACUGUAACGUGUGAACCAUUCUCCACUGAAACACUCAGAGACACGUUGACCUUCAUAGAACCUCGGCUACCAAAGAGGAGAAGGAACGUUGCCCGAGUAAGUGGAUCCUUGAAACAUUUUCAAAUGAUCAGUUCCACUAAUUAUGUGAAGGCGACUUUCAAAACCAAUUUAUCAAGAGCCUCGACAGGAUUCAGCUGCACCGUCAGUGUUACGGGAACCGCCGCCGCCACCACCACCACCACCACCCCGCCCACCACCACCACCACCACCACUCCCACCGACAACUGUGAGUGUGGGAAAGCCAACACGGGUUCUCGCAUUGUUGGGGGAACUGAAACGCUUGUCAAUGAAUACCCAUGGCAGGUCGGGGUAGUUAGGGAAACAGAUGGCGUCAAAAACUUGAUAUGUGGAGGAUCAAUCAUUUCUAACCACUGGGUCCUGACCGCUGCUCACUGCAUUGACAGCAAUGCUAUAGAAGUACUGGUGGGCGACCACGACUUCACUACCGGAACUGACACCCAGGACCCGGCAUAUCUCUACGCAGUUGAUAGGAAAAUAGUCCACGCAGACUAUGUCGAAGCCGUGAACGGAUUCGACAUAGCCCUGCUACACACAACGCAGCCAUUGGACUUCACCAAGUAUGGUCAAGCACCAGUGUGUCUCCCUCCAGAUAAGACCAGACUCUACGUUGGUGAAACAGCCACUGUGUCUGGCUGGGGCACUACGAGUGAAGGAGGAAGUUUAAGCAAGACCCUGCAGGAGGUAGAUGUGCCAGUAAUAUCAAACAACGACUGCCAGAAAAACUAUAAUCCCACCAGCUCCAUGCUGUGUGCCGGGGAAGAGGGCAAGGACUCCUGCCAAGGAGACUCAGGAGGCCCGCUGGUGUACAACAACAACGGCAUAUAUGAACUCAUUGGUGUUGUGUCGUUUGGAAUAGGUUGUGCACGUCUCGGCUAUCUUGGAGUGUACACACGAGUUACUAAUUACGUCGACUGGAUACAACGCUACACUGGAAACUUAUGUACUGCAACAUCAGGUUAAAGUAUGGUGGGUGCUUGUUACUACCACUGACACCCCUGCUGCCUACCUGUCUGCCUGACUCACGACCACCACGGUACCACCUCUCAUCUCUACCACAGCUCCACCUCGCUGCCUGCCUGACUCAUCACCAGUCGCCACCACCACUCGAUUCCUCAUAACACCGCAAAAAAAUAAAAUCGCGGAUUGAGCUGACAUUUCUUGUGUCGUUUCAUAACAUCAACGUCUAGGCCUUGUUCAGUAAUUAUUAUGUAUUUAUGAAAGAUGAUUUAGCGAGCAAAUUUACCACUCGUGGAGUUCUCUAAUUGGCUGUUAAACUUCAUAUACACCAAGAUCUUUACGACUGAAUUCUGUGGUGAGAAAGCCAUAGUUGUUGUGUUUUGUGUCUCAAUUGUUAACUCUCAUGAGGCAUUAAAGUCCCAAAUUUGAUCAUAAAUAAAAUAACUAAUAAACUAUGUUAGUGAAGAACAGUAUUUAAUUCUGUUUAAGUAUUUUUCUCCUUCAACAAUUAGGUCUUUUAGCUCGUUAAGUAAAUUAAGUAACUACUAAAUAUGAAGUGUUCAAUGACUUAAUUAAAUUAUUACUACUGUGGACUUUCACAUUGGUUUUAACACAGGUAAAUUAUUUUUGGUUAUGGAAUUUAUUUAUAUUUAAAAUAAUAUUGGAUCUACCUUAAUAAAUUUUUCUUGCAUUGCA